AUGCAGCACAUGUCGCGAAGAGUGCAGUUUUUCUGCGUGGUUUGGUACGCGAUAGGCGCCGUUCAAGUUGUGUUAUCGAGUCUGAAUGCACAGGCCCAUACGGGAGCAUAUGUUAACCCGUUUGCUGAAGUAGAUACCGUAGAAUCGGGCAUUGAGAGUGGAGCUCAUUCACUCAUAGAUUCAACUAACCUACGAAAUGAGCAUGGGAACAUUCCCCAGGGGUAUGAGGAAAGGAAAACUGAAAUCCAAUCGAUAGCAAGUGAUCGUAAUGAACUCAAGCGCGAAAUCGAUCAGCUGAUACCGGUUGGCAAAUUCGUCACCGUGAGAUCAGAGCUAAAAAAGCUCCAUGGUGCUUUCCGGAAGCCCAGUCAAGAGAGAGUGCGCCAGCUGGGUGGGCUGGAGCUUCACCUGGAUCCACAUUCCUUCACCUCAAACGCCGAUUCAUUCGAACCGGCUACAACGCACGCGUCGAAUGCCUACUACUUUCCUCAAGCCGGCAGCCAAGGCAAUUCAUUCACGAACCUUAAUAUUGGUCAAACUCAAGUCAGGCGGCGGAAGGCAAAAAUAUCGAACCUUUUUAAUCCCACUCCUACGAGCAGAGGCACUUCAUCCCGCCUCCCGCCGGUGCUUGAGUACACCGAUCAUGAGCUAACACCUCUCACAUCCUCCUCUGAUGAGCAGCAAUUCCUGGCUCACAAACCAAGUGAUGCUCUUGAGCUCAACAAGUCCUCCAGCUCGUCAUCCACACCCACAGUCCUGGAGGCUUUUCUUAAAGAAAAGAACAUUCCAAUCGGCGACUUGUUGAAGACUAAAGCUGGAGAAGACCUCCCCGCCUCUGAAAAGAUCAAGACUUUGAACGCGUUACACAACCUCUUGCUCGAAUUCAAAUCUUCAGACAGACUCCCAAAUCCCGCAGAAGCCGAGUUCCAGCUGAAUUUCCUGCGCUCUUUUUUCCUCUUGGGGGACUAUAUCAUGCGCUAUGAACUACUACCUUCCGAGGUAAUCGGCACAGUUGAGAUUUUCAAGUCAAAGAAUCUUGUGGAGAUGGUCGAGUGGCAUACCCAGCUGCUAUUUCACAAGCUGGGGAGAGAUUUUUUUGAAUCUCCGGAGUCGGUCGUUCCGGAACUUGAAUUUUUAACAUCCGGCAGGGCUGUUAAACACUUCCAUAGAUCUAUCAAAGCCCUCCCGGAUGAAGGCCAAAAGCAGGUCGUUCACGCAGUCCUAGGUACGAUUUUGUCUCGUUGGCCAAAUCAAUUCCUCUCGGAUCAGGAGGUAUCACCAAGUGCACGAUUCUCUCAAAUCCGUCAAUCAUUCUUCGAUGCCAAACUUCUUGAAGGCGCGGGCAGUCAUUCCUCAGCAAUAACUCGUUUGCCAGACACCAAAAAUCACAUUGAACAGGAUGAUCGUUUAAGACUCAUCCGUUUGACUGAAGAUCUGGUCACUUUUUUUGAAGGGCCCGAAAUGACGAAAGCCUUGAACCAAAGAAUAGAGUACCAACUUGUGUGGUACAUGUUGGAUUUCAUUAGUCACUAUCACCUUCCGAUCCUGCAAGAAGUAGUACGCAAGAGGGAUCAGAAUUGGCUCCCAAGGCAAUUCAUAUUUAUGACUUCUCACUUUCGCAAAUACCGGAAUAGAAACGUAGAUAAUACCCCCGGCGCCAAAGAGUACGACAUGGGGCCCUUUAAAGAGAUUCUGAGUCAUCAAAUCAAGAAGAAUAGAACCUUCAUCAAAUGGAUCAAUACAUACAUCUUCAAAAUAUUCCCGUACACUGGCUGGACAUAUCCCCACGAAUCAGACAAAUACCUAAGACUCAACCUUUGGAUGGGAUUUUUUGACCACAAUAAGUUCCCUGCUAGAGUUCAUCGCAACUAA